CACCAUGUUGCACCAACUCUUUUCAUUUUCUCUCUUCAUUAUAUAUAUAUGUAUAUAUUUUCCUUUUCUCUUCAUCGAUCUAUCACCUACUUGCACGCACGAAGAUCACUGCUUUCUUUUUUUCUUUUAAGGUUUAUCAUGGGGGACUCUUCUGCUUCUUAUAUACAUAUGGUGCAGCACCUGAUAGAGAAGUGUUUGAUAUUCCGUAUGACAAAAGAAGAAUGCAUGGAAGCUCUUUCCAAACAUGCAGAUAUCAAACCAGUCAUCACUUCUACUGUGUGGAAUGAACUGGAGAAAGAAAACAAGGAGUUCUUUGAAGCCUACGCUCAAUCUCAUAGCAAAGAAGAUAGAAUGUCCGAGGAAGAAACGAGUCAAAUGAUCCAGAAGAUGAUCACUGAUUCCUCCAAAGCCGCUGAUGAAGAGGAGGACGACGACAACUGACAAAUAAUGCCAAGCUCGAAAACGCGCGAUAGCUCCUCUUUCUCCGUGCUGUGCUUCCUAUUUCCAUGUCCAGCCAAAUACCUAGCUUAAUAAACUUCAAUUUCGUUAGUGGUCCCUUUGUUCACAUGAUGAAAACCACUAUACGGAAGAGCACGGAGGAUUCUAUAUUGUAAAUUCCCUAACCAAUCAAAUAAAAGGGUAAACCUACAACCCAAUUUCUUU